AAAGUUCAAGAAAACUAACAAACCAAACAUCAAAAAAGAGAAUGUAGUAAAUCCAAUAGUGUACAUGAAAGAUACAAUCAGAACCAUAUCAAACAUACUUAGGUAUUCGACUUGGGAUUCUGCUCAAAAACAGUUGGAAACCCUUGGCAUUAAAUGGGAUUCUUACACAAUCAAUCAAGUUCUCAAAACCCACCUCCAAUGGAAAAAGCUUGGCUGUUCUUCAAUUGGGCAUCUGGAUUGAAAAAUUUCAAGCAUGAUCAGUUUACGUACACUACUAUGAUGGAUAUAUUUGGGGAAGCAAGGAGAAUUUCGUCAAUGAGGUUUGUUUUCCAGCAAAUGGAGGAGAAAGGGAUUAAAAUUGAUGUGGUUACUUAUACUUCGAUGCUGCAUUGGCUAUCGAAUGAUGGGGAUAUUGAUGGGUCUGUGAAGUUAUGGGAGGAGAUGAAAGAAAAGGGCUUUUAUCCAACCGUUGUUUCUUACACUGCUUAUAUGAAGGUUCUUUUUCAUCAUGGUAGAGUCAAAGAGGCCACUAAAGUUUACAGGGAGAUGAUUCAGUCUGGUUGCCCUCCAAAUUGUUUUACUUACACCGUCUUAAUGGAGCAUCUUGCUGGUUGUGGAAAAUUCAACGAGGUCUUAGAUAUCUUUAUUAAGAUGCAAGAAGCAGGAGUGCAACCCGAUAAAGCUACAUGCAACAUUCUAGUUGAAAAUUGUUGCAAAGCUGGUGAAACAUCGGUUAUGAUGAAGAUUCUUCUUUAUAUGAAAGAAAACUCGCUUGUACUUCGCCAACCCGUAUACGCAAAAGCCCUUGAAACUUUAACAAGUGCAGGGAAAAGCGAUGUUCUUCUCAAGGAAUCAAAUCGCCAUUUAUCAAUUCAACACACUAAAGUGGAACCUUUAGAAAGGACAAUUUCAGACACAAGCUCCAUAGAUGAACACCUUGUGUUAAAUCUUUUGACCAGAAAACACUUCGUUGGGGUUGACUUUUUACUAAAAGAUAUGAUGGAGAAGACUGUUCCGUUGACUUCCGGGAUUCUUUCAUUGGUUAUUGAAGCAUAUGUUGCUCAUGAUAGACCUCAUGGUGCGGUUUUGGCGUAUGAAUUUGGUAAAAAAACGGGGAUGAAAUUUGAGAAAGUGUUGUAUCUUUCCUUGGUGGGUUUGUUUAUUAGGACAAAUUCUUUCCCAAAAAUUGUGGAUAUUGUUGAAGAAAUGGUUAAAAACGGAAUCUUUCUUGGAAUUAAUCAAAGUGCCUUGUUGAUAUACAAGCUUGGGUGUGCUAAAAAGCAUGUUUCGGCUUCAAAAGUGUUUGAUUUGUUGCCUGAUGAUGAGAAGAACACAACAACUUACACCGCUUUAAUGGCAGCUUACUUUGCUUCAAGAAACACAUCUAAAGGACUCCAGAUGUUUAAAGAUAUGAAGGAGGCAGGGAUUCCAGUUGUUCUUGGAACUUAUAAUGUGUUGCUGUCUGGUCUUGAAAAAAGUGGUAGAGUUGUUGAGUUUGAGGUUUAUAGAAAGGAGAAAAAACAGAUGGAAAAAUGUAGAUUUUCUGAAAAUCAAGAAUCUAUAGAAGAAAUGACUUGUAACUUCUUGUUUGCUAGGGAUUAUGUAUCUUGAAACUUGAAUCUAUUUAUUGUUAAAGUUUUUUGGUUA